UAAAACUCACAAAUUGUAUGUUUUAUUCGUUGUGUUGAACUCUUCACAAGAAAAAUGGUGGCGUAAUUUUUGUUUUAAGCUGACUAUUAACGUUAUUGGAAAACCAGCCAACGUUCUGUGUGACGCAAAAUUGGCGUCUCGAAAUGCCGGCGCGCGAUCCCACAAUGCUCAGCUCCUCAGAAGGCUGUGUUGCCAAGAUGGCGACCCCCUGCCUGAAGUGGAAAAAAGUUACAAAUACGUCGGGUCCAGCGCCUCGGCCCCGUCAUGGACAUCGCGCAGUGGCGAUUAAGGACCUUAUGAUCGUCUUUGGCGGUGGUAAUGAAGGAAUCGUCGACGAACUUCACGUCUAUAACACAACAACGAACCAAUGGUUUGUUCCACCUGUGAAGGGGGAUGUACCGCCCGGUUGCGCCGCCUAUGGCUUCGUUUGUGACAAUACACGCCUCCUCGUCUUCGGCGGUAUGGUUGAGUAUGGCAAGUAUUCGAAUGAACUGUACGAGCUGCAGGCGUCGCGCUGGGAAUGGAAACGUCUUAAGCCUCGGCCGCCGAAAAAUGCACCGCCACCGUGCCCACGACUAGGUCACUCGUUUACAUUAAUAGGCAACAAGGUUUAUCUGUUCGGUGGACUUGCUAACGAGAGCGAUGAUCCGAAGAACAACGUUCCUCGUUACCUCAACGAUUUGUACACGCUCGAGUUACGUCCGUUUUCCUCCGUGAUGAACUGGGAUGUUCCGCCAGUAGCUGGAACUCCGCCGCCACCUCGUGAAAGCCAUACUGCGGUUGCCUAUCAAAUGAAGGAUAAGCGCGCUCGUUUGAUUGUCUAUGGUGGGAUGAGUGGUUGCCGACUGGGUGAUCUGUGGUUACUCGACGUCGACUCAAUGGCCUGGUUCAAACCGACUGUAAGCGGUGUCCCACCCCUACCACGAUCGCUUCAUUCGGCCACACUAAUUGGACAACGUAUGUUUGUUUUUGGCGGUUGGGUCCCACUGGUAAUGGAGGACUCGAAGAAUGCGACGCACGAGAAGGAGUGGAAAUGUACCAACACGUUGGCGUCACUCAACCUUGAAUCGAUGGCUUGGGAAGGCCUACAUAUGGAGUGCUACGAGGAUACGGCCCCAAGGGCUCGAGCUGGCCAUUGCGCUGUUGCUAUUAACUCGCGUCUAUUCAUAUGGUCGGGUCGUGAUGGGUACCGUAAGGCGUGGAAUAAUCAGGUUUGCUGCAAGGAUCUUUGGUUCCUAGAAAGCGAAAAGCCAGCGGCACCUACACGUGUCCAGCUUGUUCGUGCGUCGACGACGACACUUGAAGUAUGCUGGGGUGCCGUACCGACAGCCGAGCAGUACUUGCUUCAAGUUCAGAAAUACGAUAUACCUCCACCGCCACCUCCAGCAACGACUGUUCCUCCCGCGCCUGUGGUGCAGACGCCGCCAGCGGUCGCAGUUCCACCCCCGCAACCUCAGCCGCCUCCACAGCCUCAACCUCAAGUGCAUCCGCCACCGCAGCCUUUACAAGCUCAACCUCAGCCUAUGGCACAGAUUCAACACAUAGCUACCCCAACAACGAUGCAGAUCACCCCAACGGCACAAAAGAUUCACGCGCAGACUAAUGUAACACCUAUUACAACCACUACGCCACUUUCUGCCGCAAAAGUUCAUACAAGGUUGGUAUCGCCUGGCCAGCUUGUCAGGGGUCCAUCCCCUCGUACCCCUAUGUCAACAGUUCGCGUGGCCACACCAGGCGCCCGCACUGCCACCCCUGGGGUUACAGUGGUUCGUUCACGAGCACCUGCUUCGCAGCAGAUUCGUGUCAUCGGCACGGGCCAGCAGGUAGUAAAGACCGGAACUGGUCAAGUUAUGACACCAGUAAAGAUAGUCAGCCAACAAUCCCUGCAAGGUGGCACGCAAACUGUCCGUUUAGCUAGCCCUACCACCCUUCUGAAAUCACCUGGCGCUGCGGGAGGCAAGCAGGUUAUUACCGUACAUAAACCAAGCGGGACCAUGAUGGCCGGACAUACAGUGACUACUAUGGCGCAUCACCAUCCCAUGGGGGUCAAUGUUGGAACCGCUCAGGGGGUUACCGGAGGCGUCAGUGUUGCAAAAACAGGACAACAGCAACCACAGAUUGUGACUCUCGUAAAGACCCAACAGGGCGUUACGCUUGCGACAGUUCCUAAGGUGUCAUUAAUCCAGCCAGGUGGCACUAAAACACCACAGACUGCCCACGUGCAGGCGACAAGCAAGGCUGGUGGUGGGACGACGAUUGUCAAGCUUGUGACAACACAAGCUGGCGGGACUACCCCAGCUGGGACCAAGAUUAUUCAGGGCCAGCAAAGUCCAACGAUAUUGUCGUUGCCCGGCGGCCAGCAGAAAAUGUCUACGAUUAUUCGAACGCUGCCAUCCAGCAUGGUCACUGUGGCCAAGCCAGCUGUCGGUGUAGGUACUGGAACAAUUACAACGUCUGGCAAAGGCAAGCAGACGAUUGUAAUUUCCGCCCCGAAAGGCUCGCCAAUGGCGCAGAAAGUAUUAACUACCGGUGGCGUCAAACAGCCUCAGCAGAUUAUUGUUGUGACGAAUCCUGGCGCUGUUAAAUCUGCCCAAACAGUCACCACCGUACAGGCCGGGGCUGCUCAGAAACAAGGGGUCAAAAUGAUCGUCGUUAGCCAGGGUGGACAAGCCGUCAGGGCUCCACAAACGUUUACUCUGUCAGGCAACACGGCCACGACCAUGAGUCAGGCCGGUCAGCCUAUCACAAUCACGAUGCCUAAGCCGGCCGGCCAAAAGGUCGUAACAGUUGUGCAGGGCCAACCUCAGGUUCAGUUACAAGCGGGUCAGCAGGUGGUUACCACAAGCCAUCAUCAGCCCCAGACCACAGUACAGGUUCAAACCAGUCAUUUGCUUCAUCAGCAGCAUCCUGAUCCCGAACACACUCGUGCGUGCAAUGAUGAAGCCGUUAUGACUGAUGACGAAGGACGUCUAUCGCGGUGGGGAAGUAACAGCAGUAUGAACUCGCUUUCUGAAUCCGAACCUGAAAUCGCUCUUCCUGGAGCGACCGACGAGAUGGGUGUUAUGACCGAGGACGAACAACCGACGGAAGGUGGCGUCGAAGGCGCGGUUGAAGCGCCCUCGGAAAUCCCACCGGGGGCAAUACCAGAAGAGGCCGUACCUCAACAACCCGGCGAAGCAGAUGACCCACAGGAAGGCAUCGAAGGUGUUGAGUCUAUGGUAGUCGAAGGGGACGAAGAUGCGGAGGUGGCGGCUUCGGAUGCUGCAGCUGCAGCCGCCGAAGCCGUCCUUUCAGGCGCCGCAGAUGAUGAAGCCCAACAAGAACUUGCUGGAGCUACUGCAACCGGUUCUGAUGAGACUGCAAGCGAUCUCGUUGCAAAUUCAGUUGCCGAGGGCACGGAGCUCACUUCGACAGCCACUGCUGAAGGCUCUAGUACUCCAGCAGAUUUAGCUGGAGUUACUGCUGCCGAAAGCGCUGAAUUGUCCGAGGCUGUUGCAGCGGCUGCUGCUGCUGGUGACGCUGAAGUUGCUGCCGCAGCCGAAGCUGAAGCAGCUGCAGCUGCUGAAGCCGAAGCGGCUGCCGCUGCUGAAGCUGCUGCUGCCGCUGCUACUCAUGUCGAAGGGGUGACACAGGAAGAGGCUGAUGCUCUUGGUCAAGCGAUGGCCGAUGCGGCUGUUGCCUUAAGCGAAGGACAUUCGGAAGAGGACCCUGCGUUGGUUGCGGUCGUGGCUCAGGCGCAGAUGCAGGCGGCGGCGGCUGUUGCUGCGGUUGAGGCCGCAGAUGGUGCUGAAGCUGGCGCUGGUGUUGUUGAAGGGGCAAGUAGUGAGCCGCCACAAGUAGAGAUGACGCCAGAAGAAGCUCAGAUGCUUGCGAUGGAGAAUCCUGGGGCGUUGCCGCCUGAACAGAUGUGUGCUGAUGACCCGCCGAUUGAAGACGACCAACUUCAGAAUCAAAUGGCUGCCGAUGCUCUGGUUGCCGCUGAGGCUGCCGCAGUUGUCGGUGCAAACGGUCAGGUCAGCGCACAACCGCCUGCAACAACCGCACAGACUGCAGAUCCCCUUGCAACACUAGCAUCUGCUGCGAUCUCAUCAAUACAGCCAGCUGCCGAGGAGCCUCCACAAGCUCCACAGAGUCAGCAGCAACUGGUCUCGCAGGUAGCUAUUCCUGGCCAACAGCAACAGGAUGCUGCGGUCGCCUCGAUCACGCAGGUAAUUAAGGACGAAAAUGGCACAGCUGGCUCUGAGCCAGUUGUUUCUGCCGCGUUGUCAGCGCCAGUCGUUAAGAGCGAACCUAGAGAACCACCUGCUAUUGAAGUGCCCUCAACGCCACAAUCAGGUGUAUGGUAUGAUGUGGGCGUAGUUACAGAGACAAAUAUGCUUGUGUCCAAGUUUAACUUUCCACAGAGCGGUCAAGCCAUCUCAGACGACACGACAACAGUGACAGAUUUCAGCAGCUACCUCAAGGUUGAACUUCAGCCUGGCACCGCGUAUAAGUUCCGAGUGGCUGCGAUCAAUGCCUGCGGUCGUGGAUCAUUUAGUGAAGUGUCAGCAUUCAAGACGUGUCUACCUGGUUUCCCAGGUGCUCCAUCCAACAUUAAGAUCAGUAAAGGCCCGAACGGAGCUCAGCUAUCGUGGGAACCUCCGCAGAACACCGCCGGCGAAAUUCAAGAAUAUUCGGUGUAUCUGGCUGUAAGGCCGCAAGAUAAAUCAUCCAACCCGAGUCAACUGGCUUUUGUUCGCGUUUACUUUGGUCAGGCUCCGGCAUGCACCGUCAGUCAAAACCAUUUGGUGAGUGCGCACGUUGACACGUCCAACAAGCCUGCAAUCAUUUUCCGUAUUGCCGCACGCAACGAAAAGGGCUACGGACCCGCUACACAGGUGAGGUGGCUCCAGGACAACAACAUGAAUAGCUCGAACCACCGCGGGGGUGGCAUUAAGAGGACAGCACCAGCCUCAGGUCAGGCUGUCAAAAAAAUGAAGUCCGAAUAAUAGGUAAAGCUAAGUAUGAAAUCAGGCAAAAAAGGAAAACAUCAAUAUCAUCACCAUAAACUAUUACUAAUUAAAAAAAAAACAUUUUCAUCCAUUUUGAGCUCUUCUCCAAGGCUACAAAAAUCGCUUUGGAGUAGGCCUGGGAGCUGCGAUACGGGUUACGCAGCUUUUGUGGCACAUACGAAUCGCGCAAUGUACAUAUGCUAUUAAACAAUAAAGGCUCAAUAUCUAAAUACUACGAAAACACACUAGUUCCGGAAAGUGUGAUUUUAGUUUUGGUAGUCCACUCGGUUACCGCGUGAACUGGAUUAAUAAUAUCAACGUAAAUUAAUAGAAGUAAUUAUAAUGAUUGCAGCAUAGAUCACAAACAGCAGUAUGAUAUCACCGAAAAAAAAACCAGUCUAGAGUAUUCUGAAAAGGCGGCUUGGUUGAAUUUGACAUUACUUGUAGUAAUUUUUUGCAUAUAUCCAAAACCAUUUAUGAGGAUUCUUGAACUAGAAAACGGCGAUUCAUAAACACAAUAUUGCAAAAAUGUACGCCCUAAUUUGUGUUCGCAUUGGGCUAGUUGUUGGAUUUCAGACGACGAUAUUUUGUUAAAGCAAAUUCGCAAUCGAAUAAGGCUUAUUAACUAUAAGGUUAGUAAUAUAAGGCUUAGCGAACUACAGGUAUCCACAGUAAGACUGGAUUUCUUCAUAGAGUAGGCUUUGCAGUUCGAUACGCCUUCAAUGGCAAAUAGUGACCAAUGAAUGUAAAUGAUAGAUAUUAAUUUUGUACUGCCACCUCUUUGGUUAGACGUUUUAUUUUGACACUGGCAGAUAAUUGGCUUCAAAUGUUACUCGAGUAAUUAAAUUUCUGCAUUGAGUUGAGUGGCGUAUAAAAAUGAUGUUUGAAAAUAGGAAUUCCUGUAAAUGAGCUUGAUGUGAAAAAAGGUUCAAGGAUACCUUUGUCUAUGCGAAUAUUGUAGUACGUGAAUAAAUUUAUAUACAUAUAUGAGAUACGUACAUACUAUAAAAUGGACCGAACUUCCACCACGCUUCAUUGUUCUAAAAACGAAAUGUGUACUAAAAGUACUCGAUUCAUGUAACUGUGUAUGCGUGUUCACGUGGACCAAGAAUACGCACGAAUAAAACGAAUCAUUUGUCUACGGAUGCCAUCAGUGUCUGAAAGGUGUAGGGUUAAACAUUGGGUUCAGCGAUCACAUCCGUAUAUUAUUGACAUACUUUAUUGAUGACUAGUGUUUAGCAUACGGAUACAUGAUCAGGCCAAAAGACACUCCCAUGAUGUAACACAGUUUGCUGUACUGUUAGCUUUCCUGUAUCCUGUAUGCAAUGAUAAUGUAUCUAUAUGAGACUUUUCUCUGAUAAAUGAGCGAGAAAUACUGUUACUUAAAGCUACCAGGCAGAGUUAGUAUCGUCAAGGGAAUGGGGCCUAACGCUGAAUUUAUAAAGCGGCACUUCAUGAACACCUUAAUAAAUCUUUCUGAGUUUGUUAUGGAUAAUCCCCAAUAGAAUUUACCAAAGUUUAGCUCACUUCAUAGCGCAUCUAAAGGGAUCGAAUCAAAUUAAACCUUGUUAAAUACAGAUGUCACGCUACAACAGCGAAGCUGUUGGGGUAUGCAGUUUAAGCCUGCCGUACGCUGACUGCUGGACUCUACGAGACCCUAUGAUGACGUGCCACAGUGUACAGCGGCCCAAUGACAUUCGGGGAGGCAUCAUUACACGAUAUAUAUAUAUACAAAGCAAGCUAUAUAAACAUAUAUAAAUACACAAGAUUAUAAUAUGAGAAGUAAUAAAAGAGAUAUACAUAUGCGAAAUCCUAGAGUACGAGAACCGAUGCAAGCGUUGCACCGUUGCUUGCGAAGUGUAAACAUUUCUUUUUCAUCGCUGUUCAUCUUCUGAUGUCUUCUAAACGGGGAGCAAAUAAUCGCAGUCUGAAAACAUGUUUUCCCACCAGGACAGCCCGUUCGUCUUGAGGUGUAGAAACGAUACAAGAGAGGGAUUGUGUCCACAUACAGCACACAACAAUUUGCUGACAUACGCUAACAUCUUAGAAACGCUAAAAAAAAUUGGAGUAGAUGACGAAGGGUCAGAUUAUCGGCCUUUUCAUAUCGGGCCCAGUGACACGUUCGAAUUGCAGCAAAAUAUUGUUGUUUCUUCCUAAUUCACUCAUUUUAGUGACACUGGGAGAAAGUUUAGGAGAGAAUAAAUCAGUAGGGGACAGUGGAUGCAUGAAUAAUAAAGAUAAUGAAGCGCUUAACUGUGCAAGAAAUGCCUAUACGAAAUGCUAGUGGUACUACUACUGCAGAAUGAAGUGGUAACGCAUGUAAACGUUUAAGUAUAAACUCUGUGUAUGACCUAGACCGUUACUAUGUAUCAUAGUGCGCGAGAGCGUCAAAGGGUUCAUCAUUUUAUCAGCAUCUUGUAUGUAGCGUGUCGCAUAGUAGAUUAGGCAAACUGGCUCCUCAAUCAAACAACCAUACCAUAGCACACAUUGGAACUUGAAUUAACAACAAAUUUUACUGGCAAAAUCAAUGAGCUAGCUUGACUUGCCAUAGAGGUAAAAGAAUUGCUGUGGUAGCCCAAAUAGAUUAAGGUUGUUUAACGCUGAUUAGACGUUAAGCGGCGACGAAUUAUUACAGCGUACUGAGGAGAUGGUUAUCACCGAUUUGCUCAUGAAGAACUAAACGAUGAAUGCUUAAGUUCCAGAGAUCGAUAUAUAUAUAUAUAUAUAUAUAUGAAACGAUAUAGUAUACAUAUAUUGCCAUAGUGAUUUGUCGUCUCCCUCUUUAUCUUAUACCUAUUACUACGUCUGUAAGAUGUGUAUGUGAAAAGAACAACGAGAAAGAUGAGUUGCCGAUGUGAAGACACGGUAAAAGCAAUUCUAAGAAUACACACGUUAUAUUAUACAUUACUAUAUUAUUACUAUUAUUAUUAUCAUUACCACAGAUACUAUUGCUAUGGCAUAAUGAUCAUUACUAUCAUUAUUGUGUAUUGAACAGAAUAAACUGAGUGUUGGCCAGA